UCUCUCUCACUCUGCCUCUCUGUAUCUUUCCCUCCUCUCUGUCCACACUCACUAUGGUAAGUGUUUGGUGCAUUAACAGGGUCAUGCAGGCCUGACUUGCCCCCCCCCUCCUGCUCUUUCCUGCUUGAAUAGCAUCCUACGCAAGAAAGAAAAUAGUAAUCUACCUACAAUUUCAUAACCUUUAUUAUUAAUGUGUUAUUACCAGGUGUUCUCGUCCUCUGUAUAGCUCUGUACUAUCCUAUAUAAAUAUAUAUACUAUACCUAUAUACUAUAUCUAUUACAUGGCCCCUCACCCUAUAACUGCCCUUACCUAUCUAUUAUAUAUUACAGGACCCCUUACCCUAUAACUACCUCAACCUAUCACUGCUCUAUUACAGGACCCCUCACCCUAUAACUGCCUGUACCUAUCACUGCUCUAUUACAGGACCCCUCACCCUAUAACUGCCCUGUACCUAUCACUGCUCUAUUACAGGACCCCUCACCCUAUAACUGCCCUGUACCUAUCACUGCUCUAUUACAGGACCCCUCACCCUAUAACUGCCCUGUACCUAUCACUGCUCUAUUACAGGACCCCUCACCCUAUAACUGCCCUGUACCUAUCACUGCUCUAUUACAGGACCCCUCACCCUAUAACUGCCUGUACCUAUCACUGCUCUAUUAAAGGACCCCUCACCCUAUAACUGCCUGUACCUAUCACUGCUCUAUUACAGGACCCCUCACCCUAUAACUGUCCUGUAUCCAUCACUGCUCUAUUACAGGACCCCUCACCCUAUAACUGCCCUGUAUCCAUCACUGCUCUAUUACAGGACCCCUUACCCUAUAACUACCUCAACCUAUCACUGCUCUAUUACAGGAUCCCUCACCCUAUAACUGUCUGUAUCCAUCACUGCUCUAUUACAGGACCCCUCACCCUAUAACUGCCCUGUAUCCAUCACUGCUCUAUUACAGGACCCCUUACCCUAUGGGGUCCUCAACCUAUCACUGCUCUAUUACAGGACCCCUCACCCAAAACUGUCCUGAACCUAUCACUACUCUAUUACAGGACCCCUCACCCUAUAACUGUCCUGUAUCCAUCACUGCUCUAUUACAGGACCCCUUACCCUAUAACUACCUCAACCUAUCACUUCUCUAUUACAGGACCCCUCACCCUAUAACUGCCUGUACCUAUCACUGCUCUAUUACAGGACCCCUCACCCUAUAAUUGCCCCGUACCUAUUACUGCUCUAUUACAGGACCCCCCACCCUAUAACUGCCUGUACCUAUCACUGCUCUAUUACAGGACCCCUCACCCUAUAACUGCCUGUACCUAUCACUGCUCUAUUACAGAACCCCUCACUCUAUAACUGCCCUGUAUCUAUCACUGCUCUAUUACAGGACCCCUCACCCAAUAACUGCCCUGUACCUAUCACUGCUCUAUUACAGGACCCCUCACCCUAUAACUGCCUGUACCUAUAACUGCUCUAUUACAGGACCCCUCACCCUAUAACUGCCUGUACCUAUCACUGCUCUAUUACAGGACCCCUCACCCUAUAACUGCCCUGUACCUAUCACUGCUCUAUUACAGGACCCCUCACCCUAUAACUGCCCUGUACCUAUCACUGCUCUAUUACAGGACCCCUCCCCCUAUAACUGCCCUGUACCUAUCACUGCUCUAUUACAGGACCCCUCACCCUAUAACUGCCCUGUACCUAUCACUGCUCUAUUACAGGACCCCUCACCCUAUAACUGCCCUGUACCUAUUACUGCUCUAUUACAGGACCCCCCCACCCUAUAACUACCCUGUAUCUAUCACUGCUCUAUUACAGGACCCCUCACCCUAUAACUGCCUGUAUCUAUUACUGCUCUAUUACAGGACCCCUCACUCUCUAUAACUGCCUGUACCUAUCACUGCUCUAUUACAGGACCCCUCACCCUAUAACUACCUGUACCUAUCACUGCUCUAUUACAGAACCUCUCACCCUAUAACUACCUGUACCGAUCACUGCUCUAUUAAAGGACCCCUCACCCUAUAACUGCCUGUACUUAUCACUGCUCUAUUAAAGGACCCCUCACCCUGUAACUGCCCUGUAUCUAUCACUGCUCUAUUACAGGACCCCUCACCCUAUAACUGCCUGUACCUAUCACUGCUCUAUUACAGGACCCCUCACCCUAUAACUACCUGUACCUAUCACUGCUCUAUUACAGGACCCCUCACCCUAUAACUACCUGUACCGAUCACUGCUCUAUUAAAGGACCCCUCACCCUAUAACUGCCUGUAUCUAUCACUGCUCUAUUACAGGACCCCUCACCCUAUAACUACCUGUACCGAUCACUGCUCUAUUACAGGACCCCUCACCCUAUAACUACCUGUACCUAUCACUGCUCUAUUAAAGGACCCCUCACCCUGUAACUGCCCUGUAUCUAUCACUGCUCUAUUACAGGACCCCUCACCCUAUAACUGCCUGUACCUAUCACUGCUCUAUUACAGGACCCCUCACCCUGUAACUGCCUGUACCUAUCACUGCUCUAUUACAGGACCCCUCACCCUAUAACUGCUUGUAUCUAUCACUGCUCUAUUACUGGACCCUUCACACAAUAGCAGUCCUGUAUCUGAUCCUUUGACCUCUAAUUAUACAGUUAUUUCAGACAUAUUUCUCCAUUUGUAUGACCUUCUUCCCCUUUUUGACAUAUAUAUAUUAAUGUCAAGCUCAGGAGAUCUAGUUUUAUAUACAAAGCUAAGGUUUCUAAUUUUAGGUCUCUCAGAUCUGACUGUUACACGUUUCACAGCUUUGUUUGUGAAUGUAUCUCUUUCUCUCUUUUUACUCCCUCUCUCCUCUUCUCACCCUCUCCUUCGUUUCACUCUCUCUCGCCCUUCUUCCUCCCCCCCAAGACGCCCUCUCCCCCAUGUGCUCCCCCCUCUGUAGGAGUACUAGUUCUACGAAGGGAUUGCAUGGGGGGUCCCUGCAUGCUGCACGUACCAGUUUUGCACGUCGCAUGAAUUUGCUUGUGUUUUUCGCCUGCUGAUCUCGGCUACAGUUUGGGCUGCCGGUUGGUAAUUUACACUUCUUCACUGCCAGAGUAUAGGUUGGUAGCUUGUGAGAAGGCAAGAUCCAUUUUUGUGUUCACUCUGGUGUUGAAGGGGUAAUAUCAGAUGCAUUUUUUUUUUGUCUCCAUACAGAACUCUGAGGCUCUGGGCAUUACUUCUAGAUAGAAUGUUGAGCUCAGAUACGUUUAUAGCAGGGGAACUUUAUACACGUGGGGCUUGAUAGGUUAUUCUUCUGUAUAAAUUGGGAAAGUCUUAAUGUCUUACAUCUAGAAAAGCUGUAGUUAUAAUGCAAUUUGCUGCACAAUAAACUGAUAUAAGAUGGCAUGGUAGGGUUUAGCUGAGUAUAGGCAUAAGAGAUGCCUAUACUCAGAGCCUCUGAGUCCUGACUAUAAGAGGGGGCAAUGUUAUGAAUAGCACAUCUUGCUCAUAUACUAACAUGCAAUUCCUUGGGUUCCUGUAGAGAUUGUUAAGAAUGGACCUUCCUGUUGCUGAUGAUAACACAGUGCACUUCAAUUCCACUCUCAUGGCGCUCAUCCGAACAGCAUUGGACAUUAAGAUUGCCAAGGGUAAGGGAAUGAAAGUAUAUCAAUAACAUGUAACACUUUUGUUCUACGUAGAUCUCCAGUAAUAAUAUUUGUAACUAAUCUCUUAAUUAAACCAAUUAAAAGAUUAAAUCUUAAAGGGGCAAGCUAGUUUGAAAAUCACACCGUGCAUGUAUUAAAGUUUGUAAUUUAAGCCUAGAAAUAAAACUAUGCUAUAGUUCUAUUUAUCCAUAGCUGCAUCUCCACUGAACAUGUAACUGAAUUUCUUAUGUAGGAAGCUCAUUGAUAAGUAAUCAGGGUGUCGAACAUGAUACCCAUAGAAAAUCAUUAAAGGAACAUGCAUCACUUGGCAAUUCUUAUUUAAGCUAGCAGGCAAACCCUUUUAAACAAAAUUGCUAACCGAAAUAAAGCAAGAAAAACUUUUUAAAUUGGUUAGACAGCAUUGUUGGGCACGCCUCUCAGCUAGGGGCAUUUCUUCAGCCCCCCUGUCCCUGCCCCCCAUUUCCCCUGCCAACUCUUAUACACACACUAAUCCAGUCCAAAUCAAUCCACUAAUAACUGAAACAGGAUCAGACUCCCUCUCUUUCCCCCUGUCUGGAUGUUGUAAGGUGAAGAGAUCUUCCAACUGCAUCGGUGUGAUUCACUCAGGCAUGCCCAAUGCACAUUUCCAGCAUUCCUAGGAAUAGGACACUAAUUAGUUAGAUCAGUGCCGCACUGGAGUGGGUGUGGAAAGCAUGAUAAAGAAGAAUCUAUAAAUAAAUCUAAAAAAAUGAAAUAAUAUUUACCUGCUUUGUUUCAACCCGCAUCACGAGGCAACUGUCACAUUCAAAGCUAAAGCUUUGGGGUUAAACCGUUUAUUAACAAUUUAACCCCUUGAGGUAAACUGGCACCAGGGACUUCCUUGCACCAAAAUGACUUAAUUCUGAUCAAGUUUUUAUGGUGCACGAAGUGUUCCGUUAAGAUGUUGUUAUGUUUAAUUCAGAGGAACAUUGGUGAGGCUGUGAACAAUAUGAUAUUUUGUAGGAUUCACUGGAACAUUAAUGAGGUGGUGCAUAACCUAAUGUUCUCCAGGAAAUUAGAGGAAGGUGAAGAUGGUAGUGUUUAAUGUGAUGUUUUGUAAGAGUUCAGGGCAACAUUGAUGAGGUGGUGAUCAGUGAAAUAUUCUACAGGAGUUCAGAGGAGCACAGUGAGUUUGUGUACUUUGUAUGAACAUGGAUUAAAUACAGGGAUACUGAAUAAGCAACACUGGUUUAGAUGCCCGUUGAUCAGGACACAAAGUUAAAAAAAGUUCAGAUGCACACAACAAAGGACAAGUGGCAUCAUGCCCAUAGUCACAGAAUGAUGGAAUGAUGUUGAACAUAGAAAUACUUUUAGUAGAAUGCUGUGUAGUGAAAAGUUAUAUUCAGAUAUUUACUUGUGGGUUUUUUGUUUGCAGGUGGAGUUGAUAAGCAGCAGAUGGAUAAUGAGCUGAGAAAAGAGAUGAUGGCAAUUUGGCCAAAUUUGUCCCAGAAAACUCUUGAUCUGUUGGUCACACCACACAAAUGUAAGUAAUUCAUCAUCCAAUUUAAUGAAAGCCAUGACAGUGGAUGUAAUUAAUGUAAUAAAUGUAAUGUGGCUGCACUCUGUGUGGCAGUUUAACCCCUUAAGGACCAAACUUCUGGAAUAAAAGGGAAUCAUGACAUGUCACACAUGUCAUGUGUCCUUAAGGGGUUAAGGCAAUAUCCCUAGCACCUAUAGACUCAAUUGUGAAGUAUCGGGAAACAAUUCUGAAAUUCACUUUGCCUUUUCUUAGCUACAGACUUAACAGUGGGGAAGAUUUACGCAGCGAUGAUGAUUAUGGAGUAUUACAGACAGAGCAAGGCAAAAAGACUACAGGCACUGCAAGAGGAACAGGUAUCAGUAGUGCAUCUGUUUCUCCAUUACAUAAUUAUCCCAUAGAAUAAGUAACAGUGAUAGUUAAAGGGACACUAUAGUCACCAAUACAAUCUCUAACUUAAUUAAGCAAUUUGGCUGUAUAGAUCAUGGUUCUGAAGUCGCACUGCUCUAUUUUCUGCCAUUUAGGGGUUCAAACACUUUUGUUUCUGUUUAUGCAGCCCAAAGCACACCUACCCUGGCUAAGACUGACACAGAAUGCAUGUAAAAUGUGGUUUUAUUUUCAAACUUAAGUUUAAUUUACUUUAAACGUUUUUAUCUCCUGUUCUUUAUACUGAACUUUAAUCACAUACAAGAGGCUUCCGCAAGCUCUAUCAAGCUAUUAGCCAUGCUGGAGAUGAGAAAUUUUUAAUUAAACAUAAUUUUCAAUAAUAAAGUGUAAACAUUAGAUGACUCUUUACAGGAAGUGUUUAGGAAGGCUGGGUAAGUCACAUGCAGGGAGGUGUGACAAGAGUUGCAUAAACAAAGUGGUUUAACUAAAAAAUGGCACGUUCUGCAUACUAUGCCCGAAUCCGCUAUCACCCAAUGGGCAGAGCGGCCCCCACAAACCUAUAAAGUGAAACCAACCUGAAGAUAUCACUACAUGUCCCUAAUAUAUGGCAUCUGAUCCCAAGAUCAGAUCCCCAACCUGUUAAAAUGGUCACUGUCCUAUAAUGUUAUUUUUGUUUUUACAAAUGAUUUAAUGUACUGCAACAUUCUAAUUAUAUGAGACACUUCUGUUAUAUGGCCUGAGAAGGCAUGACUAAUGUUAUAUCAUCAAGAACCUGCGUGUUCACCAAUAAUAAUGCGUUCUGUAUCCCCUUCUGCACACAAUAUCCAAUAAGACUCUUUUUAUUUUCUUAACUCCGAAAUGGCAGAGAAUUGAGCAGUGAGCCUGCAUGGUCGUGAUCUAUACACCAAAACGUCUACAUUAAGCUAAAUUUGUUUUGGUGACUACAGUGGCCCUUUAAGUGCUUUUAUAUCAAGCAAUAGCUACCUUCCAGUAUGAAUUAACAACCCUUACCAGGAAAACAUGUAUGUAUUAAAUCCCCAAAUUAGAUCUCACAACUAUAUGUUUUAAAUAUUAUUAAUUAAAAUUAACAUUUUGUUAUUUCAACAAGUACUUCAAGUAUUUCAAAACAGCACACCAAGCGUACCUUUGCAUCUUUUCCAUACCACAUUGGUUCUUGUACAAAAUAAAAGGCCAACCUUCUGCUAGGAAAUCACUACAUCAAUAAGCAAGGAAGCAGUAUCACACACAUCGAAUUUAUUUAUAUUGCAAUUUCUACCUUUAAAUGUGCUUUUUCUAUUACGCCUAAUGAGGCAACAUAUUUUUAAAUCAGCAAAAGUUUGCUGAAGUUGUGUGUAUUUUAAACAAAUAUAUAUCGGAAGUAAAAUAAAGCAUAACAAUUAAAAUACCCAUUAAAUUUGCAAUGUCCAGUUAAUAUUGCAUGUCACUUGACAUGCGCAUAGUCGCCUAUAUCGGCAUAUUCAGUUAACCUUAAUACCCAAUCCCCAUUAAAACGCAGACUACCACUUAAUGUUGGAAAAUAUUUGUCCACAGCUUUAUUAACACAUAGGAUGUGAUAAAACAUAUAAGGUCAUUGCCAACACCUAACUCAUAUUACUUAAAUGCCCCUCAACCACCGAAUGUAAUUAACUCUGGCAAUGACCCACAAAUAUAAACCACGAUGUAACAAUAAUAAUAAAUAUUAUUAACACAUAACACACCAGCCAAGUGGUACGAUUACCAAUAUUACAAACUGUAGGGGUAUACCGUGACACCCCUACACCCCCAGGUUCAGAGCCACCGACAAGCUCAAACCUACCAAACAACUAUAACCCAGUGAGUAUUUUCACACUCAACCUAACCCUGCACAUUAUUAACUUGCUCUACCCCACCAAACCCCUAAAUCCACCACUGUGACCAAGCGGGAAACACUGUUAGUAGUACAAAGGGAGGGAGGGACAACUAUAGGUAAGAGAAGGGUAAUUAAAAUUGCCACUACCUAAGAUGGCCGAUAUAUAUACCAACUCCUAAGCCCACCACUAUUAACCCAUUAUCCAAUUAACUAAUUGAUUCCUAUGCCUGCUCCCUAGCUCUGUCAAGGCCCAUUCCACUUGCUAUGCUGCUCCAUUGACUACAAGACUGUGCAGAAGAAAAAAAUGUUUAUUUACUGUGACGGUAGUCACCAUCACCUGGGGUUUCAUACGGACAUUCUAUGUAGGACCCUGGACUAUGUUUAGAUCACCCUGUGUCCAUUGUGGGUGGGUGAAGGGUGUGUGUGUAAUGUGGUUGUUUGGGGUUAAAUGAUAGUGUGCUCUCCUGUCUUGCAAAUGCUUGCAAUCAACUAGGUGGAUUUGGCUGUGGAGCCUGUUGGCUGCAAGGAUCUAGCAACCGCUGCAUGCACUACCUGAAUAGCAAGGAUUGCUAAUAUGCAUAUUCAGGUAGAUUUGCAUAUUGCUGUUUCUGCAGGCAGGAGAGAUGUUUUGUGUUUAAUAAAUCAAGAGCGCUAGGCCUGAGAGCCUUAAGUGUCUAUACAAAGGCAAUAUCCUUAAGUAAGCAGCAGGGCCACCCCCCCCCCCUUCACCCUUCCCACACACCCUGUCACACACACAGGCAGACAGCCAUACACACACACACAAACACACGCAGUCAGUCACACACAGACAGCCACACACAAACACACACACACACAAAGACAUAGAAUGUGACGGCAGAUAAGAACCAUCUAGUCUGCCCAGACAGUCACACAUACGCAGUCACACACACACAGGCAGAGAGCCACACACACACAAACACACACAGGCAGACAGCCAUACACACACACACACAGACAUAGAAUGUGACGGCAGAUAAGAACCAUUCGGCCCAUCUAGUCUGCCCAGACAGUCACACAUAGGCAGUCACACACACACACACACAGGCAGACAGCCACACACAAACACACACAGGCAGACAGCCACACACACAGGCAGGCAGUCACACACAGACAGCCACACACAAACACACAGGCAGACAGCCACACACACAGACAGUCACACACACAGGCAGUCACACACACACAGGCAGACAGACACACAGAGACAGACAGACACACACACAGGCAGACAGCCACACACAGACAGUCACACACAGGCAGUCACACACACACACAGGCAGACAGACACACAGAGACAGACAGACACACACACAGGCAGAUUGUCACAUACACACAGACAGUCACACACACAGGCAGUCACACACACAGGCACAGACACACAGAGACAGACAGACACACACACACACAGGCAGAUUGUCACAUACACACAGACAGUCACACACACACAGACAGUCACACACAGGCAGUCACACACACAGGCAGCCACACACACAGGCAGACAGUCACACACACACACAGGCUGACAGUCACACACACAGACAGUCAAACACAGACAGUCACACACACACACACACUGGCAGACAGCCACACACACACAGGCAGACAGUCACACACACAGACAGUCACACACAGACAGACAGUCACACACACACAGACAGUCACACACAUACACAGGCAGACAGCCACACACACACACACACACACACACACAGGCAGACAGUCACAGGCAGUCACACACACAGGCAGUCACACACACAGGCAGUCAGUCACACACACACAGGCAGACAGACACACACACACACAUACACAGUCAGACAAUCACACAUAGUUACCUCUGUUCCUUGUGGAGGCAGACAGUCUCCUGGAUUCUGGUUGUUGGGGACUCCUUCCUGCUUCCCCUGCAGUAGUUAGACAGCAUUUUAGCUCCGCCUCCACCGCAGGUGAGCCCUGCCCCCGCCGCAUAUUUUUUUAUUUUUAUCCUCGGCCGGCCAUGUGUGAGCUGUGCGGUCGCAGGGCACCCCCUGCUCCAUGGCGCCCUGUGCGGCCGCACAGCUCGCACACCCCUAAGGCCGGCCCUGCUAAGCAGAGCUCCAGAGGAAUAGGCAGAGGGCACGAUCCCUGCCUGGAAGGAAAGCUGCAGAGGAAUAGGCAAAAGGGACGAUCCCUGCCUGGAAGAAGGGCUGCAGCGGAAAGGUCAGAGGGGACGAUAACUGCUUGGAAGGAGAGCUGCAGCCUGGUUGAGGGGAAGAGCUCCAGGGAGACCCCAGUCAAGCUUCAGCGAUUGGGCUUAAGCGUUCCAGGGCCCCUGCAGGCAGCUAGGAAGCGGAUUGGCGGAGGUACUCAGUCGGAGUACAGGAGCUCCGUCACAUUUACUAAACAGUAUAUUGAAAUUAAUGAGAAAAUAAUGGAAAAUGGUGAAUAUUGUUGAAUAGUAUUGAAAUUCUUAACUUCUUCAACUUAGCUCUUUUAGCUUAGACUUAGCAAUACAUUUUACCACUGUUCUUCACUGUUUCAGAUAUAAACCCAUUACUCCAAUAAUGUAACAGACAAGUGUUAAAACAGCAUCUAAAACGUAUGCAAUAUAUUUAUUAUCAGAAAUUUUGAGAAUGAGUUACAGUGACACGGCGGGCACCAACGAGAUAGGAAAUGCACAGUUCUGUGAUGUGGAAUAGGAUAUAGAACACAGACUCUAUUGUAAUCAUGUUGGGCCUCUCCAUGAUCCUUUACUGACCCUUGGAGAGCCAAGUGUCUCUAUCUACUCAGACCUGUGGAUGACAAACUCUCUAAAAAUAAUCACUGAUCUUCUAGUAACUGGGUAACACAGACAAGGUUGCCCUAUGCUUGAAAUUAAAUUAACAAAACCCACAGUACAUCCUAUUAACCUUAGGUGAAUCUCCAAAUAUCUACCCAUUACCUGGGAUGGAAGCAUAUUAUGGAGUGAUGUCCUACCCUUUCACUUUGUGCUAUAGGGAGGAAAGGCAGUAUUAAAAAGUGCAGGCCUAGUCCCUUGUCCCAAUCACUUAAUAAUAAAUAAACAGUGCACCUAAACCACUGCACACCUCACAUGCAAUAAUAUUAUAUAAUAAUAUUAUACCCUUGGAUUGUACAUCAGCUGCCCUGCUCGCUUUGUUGUUUCCUCCUGAUUUUGCAUUACCUCUUCUUUGCUCUUCGUAGACCUGGGGAUUCUAGAGAACGGUGGUAGAGAAGAAGGAGUGUGCUAGAGCUUUGAGUUAUGGGUGUUUCCAUCCAAAAUGAACUGUAAUUGAGCUAGUGAGAAAGGGUCACGUGCAGCAGUAACAUCAGCAGUGGCAGCCCUCAUCUACUAUACUACCUUUAUUCCUCUAUAGAUGAGGUGAAGGGAGGUCCUGGGAAUACAUUUUACAUUUAACCUGUAAAAGGACACUUCAGGCACUGUAAUUACUUUAUCUCAAUACAAGUUGUUGUGAUGUCUGUAGGUCCUGGGCACCAUUGUAUCUAAAGUGGUUAAACCAUUUAUAAGCUGUUAUACCCUAAAGUGAUCUCGGCAGCGCCUACCCUACUGGCACCUUUGCCUCCUCGUUUGGACAGGACUUCAUUGCAGGAAGCCAUUAACUGGGACACUCCCACGCUAUCACUGGCCUCCCAGUCAGAACAUGCUGUACCUUUCUUAAGCAUUUUUUCACAAUGGGCAAUAACUGAUAGGCUGAGAGCACCAAAUGACACAAGGCAGCACUUAGCACCUCUAGUCACCAUAUCAACUUAAUUAAGAUGAAGAAGUUAUAAUACCCAGAGUGGCAUUUAAAGAAAUAUUGGGGAAGUAAAAUGUUUAUUUGGUAUCCCUUAUCUUUUAAUAUCAGAGAGGAUCUGAAAUACUCCAAAAACUAUAAUUUCCUUGCAUACAGUAGGUGUGAAAAAAAUGGUUAAAUAUAAUGUGAAUAUGUGUUUGCAAUAUCAUCUGGAUGAGAUUUCUGGGAAUGUAGCUUUCUAAAAAUUACUUCCUAAUGUGAUAAUAAUGUUGGUGUAGUGCUGACACACUGUAAGUACAAUUACACUAAGCAUCUGUUCUACAUAGGACAGGACCGCCCGUAUUUCUAAUGGCAUAUUUUAAGACAAAAUAUUAUAUGAAUAUACAUAUACAUGUAUGAAAUGCUCUGUAACAGGCAUUGACGUCAUAUUUGCGUGACAGGUGCACUUUAAUGUACAUGGUAGCUUUGCGUUCAGUCUUUUUUCUUCCCCUGCAGUAACUCUUUUUGCCCCAUCUCACAUACUUACAGACUUACGUAUAUAUGAAUUUUACAUGACUUAGGAUAAACCUUUUCUCUUACUACUUCAGAAUCGGACCCCACUCAUGUUCCAAAGGAUGGAGCCUCCAUCUCCGGAUGGAAACCAGGGACUUAAUGCUUUGCCCUCUUCCCAGCCAGGGGGAGAAAUGUGAGUACCAUUUUGCAUGCUAAUUUGUGCCUAAUUGUCCUCGGACAAAUACACAAAGAUUUAAUUUCUGUCUCUCCAUCUCACACACUGUACCAUGCCACAUGUACACACAGCAGAGCUAAUAAAAUGAAUUCCAGUCAUAUUGCACACACUGUUCCAAUCUCUGCACUUGUAAUGUUCUCUCCUCCAGGAAUAUACCCGAGGGUGGUAUGAAGGAAAGCCAGUCCUGGAUGACAGAAAGGGCUCAGAAAAUGUUCCAGAAGACUGGUACCUGGAGUCCAGAGAGGGGGCGUACCCAGGACAACACUAACAGUUGGCCCAAUUCCCAGGUCAGCAAAAUGUCAUACUUUCACUUUCUACCUCAUUUUAUCUGCAUACUUUAUAUUUUGUUCUUUCUUUUUCCAGCCAAUUAAAUAAAUUCAUAGACAGACCACAAAAUUAAUAAAGAGAAUAGAAGAAUUUAGUCACAAUUUUGUUUAGAUGUCUUUAAACUACAUUUAAAACAUUAAGAGAAUUUGAUAGCAUAAGUUCUUUGGAGACAUGUCUAUGAACUCUGCUAUGAGACGACGGAACACUUAGUACAUUUAAGAAAUGCCCCUCCUUCUCAAACGAUAGAGGGUCUGUAGGAUACCUGCUAGUUGAUAAUUCAACAUUCACACAACACAUAUGGGCAAGGAAAUGGGUCUUCCAGAUCCUCACUGAUGUCUAAAACUUCAACCACAUAGAUCAGGUAUUAUAAUAAUUUUUAGAUAAUGACCUCCAAAAGUUUCCAUCUUAAUCGCUUAUAAUUUGUUUCUCCAGCAUGUCUGCUGUGAUGUUGAGUGGACAGUAUUACCUUUCUCAUUAUAUUUUUGAUUCUCACCUUCUGUCUUUCUUGUAUGACAGUCAGUGGAAAUGAGAGAAAUGGCAUUAGAUGGUUUUUCUGACAGCGAGCAGUACCUGGUGAUUGAGGGACACGGGAGGGCAGCCUCAAUGCCACGACUACCAGCUGACAAUCAGGUAAAAAAAACAGCUUCCUAAUCUGAUACUCCGUUAUAAUCCUCACUUAAAGUCAUCAGAGUCUUGUUCAUCAUAGAUACCAGAUCUAAAGCAUUAUGGCUCUACUACGUAACACAAUCGCCAUUUAAAAGGACAUGGAAAGGCACGAACCCUACCUCGGACUUCUUAGGACACAAGAACAAUGUAGGACCACUUUCUGAAGAUCAAGCCACUCCCCCCAAAAAGAUCUGCAAAUGCCACUUAUGGUGUCAAAAUUGUGGCCAUCUUUGCUAUACAUAGCAAGGCAUAGCAUUGACCAUCCCCCAACACAUCAGAGGAAAUUAAAUACUGAAUCUAAUGACAUAUUAUUAUGGACAUCACACUGGAUCUUUAGUGAAAGACUUCAUUUAUGUAUCCACCAUACAUACAUAACUUAUAAAGCCUCACAAUGUAUCGGAAUCGUGUUAAAGAUCUGAUGAGUGAGUAUAUUACAAGAUUCCCAGCAAAACCAGGAAGCGCAACGUGCUCUGGCAACCUCUGUUUCAUGUAGAAUAUGUUUAUUACUCCACAGGGGACAUGGCAUCUGUCCAGUUUUUGCCUGAGAAUGGGUUUUAAUCUAAACCGAUUCCACAGGAGAUUCAUUUGUUCAGUAUUUAUGGAUUACCCAACCAUUUUUUAAUAGUGGUAACCAUAAAACCUGCAUCCUCAAUGGUCCCCGUGGAAUCAUUUGAGAAACAUAACAGAAGCCACAUAGUUCAUUGUUUUUACUAGUCUGAUCAAAGCACCUACAGCACCAUAGUUAAAGCACCUAUCGCUACUAGUAUACAAUCACAGUAUAAAUACAUGCAGGUCUAUCCAUUAAUGUCCCAAUGGCCAGUACCUAACCAUCUGGUUCUAUAUGGACCAUUCAAACUAAAAAUACUGACAUUGUUCAUCCUAUUUAACAUGUUCAGAUUUUGCAAUUCUGGCUAUGAAUGUGUCUGGAUUUUAGCCUAUGCAAAUACCUCUGUUUUAAAUGUUCAAGUGAAGGGAAGAGGCACCCUGAUUUCGGGGUACAGACAACUGGUAUGGCCACCCCCUUCAUAAUAUUUGCACCCAAUAUCCUUGGGGUUUUUGGGAAGGGACAGUGGCAUACCCCCCAUCCACAGUGUUAUUUUAUAGUCAGGCACCCAUGGGUGAGAACUGCGAGGGGGCACAGGCAUGUUCCCCCAUAUGUAUUAUAGCUCUCACCCCAUGUGUUGGGGCUGGGGGAACACUGGUAUGCACCCCCACAUCUUUAUCAUAAGCCUCACCCAUCACCUAUGGGUCGAGGAUGGAUGUAAUUUCUAUAUUAUAGUCCUGCCCACAGGACAGGAUGAGAGGGGGGCAGGAAUGUCCCCCCAUGCAUUAUUUUAGAACGUCCAUCCACUUAGUGAGGGAUUCUAAAUUUAACCCUGAAUGUCCAUGUGAGAACAGGUGCAAUUGGGAAAAUAUUCCAUAUUUUUUAUUAUUCACUUUUUAGAAGGCAAGUGAAUUAAAAUGUUCAAAUAAUGAUAAUUCUAAUGACCAAAUAAUGAUAAUAAUAAUUAUUAUGACCAAAUGUGCAUGCUACCUGAAUUGGUGCUUUAUAAAUGUUCGGUUAUUAUAGAAUCUGAGUGUGAAGAGCACUGAUUCUGAAGUUGAUGCUGAAUGAAUCCAGGCAAAUGGUGUAUAUCUGGUCGGAACAACCACAUUUUAAUCAGCUUUGGCUUUAGGGCUUAUGAGAAUUUCCAGUCCAAUAAGAAUUCGAUAAUUUUUACCAAAUCCAUCCAGAAAAAUUAAAAAGUAAAAAAAUCAUUGUUGAAAUCACAAAUCACAAACAUUAAAUCACAAACAUUAAAUCACAAACCUCAAAUCACAAACAUUAAAUCACAAACAUUAAAUCACAAACAUUAAAUCAUAAACAUUAAAUCACAAACAUCAAAUCACAAACAUUAAAUCACAAACAUCCAAUCACAAACAUCAAAUCACAAACAUCAAAUCACAAACAUCAAAUCACAAACAUCAAAUCACAAACAUUAAAUCACAAACUUCAAAUCACAAACAUCCAAUCACAAACAUCAAAUCACAAACAUCAAAUCACAAACAUCAAAUCACAAACAUCAAAUCACAAACAUCAAAUCACAAACAUUAAAUCACAAACAUCAAAUCACAAACAUCAAAUCACAAACAUUAAAUCACAAACAUCCAAUCACAAACAUUAAAUCACAAACAUCCAAUCACAAACAUUAAAUCACAAACAUCCAAUCACAAACAUCAAAUCACAAACAUCAAAUCACAAACAUUAAAUCACAAACUUCAAAUCACAAACAUCCAAUCACAAACAUUAAAUCACAAACAUCAAAUCACAAACAUCAAAUCACAAACAUCAAAUCACAAACAUUAAAUCACAAACAUUAAAUCACAAACAUUAAAUCACAAACAUCAAAUCACAAACCUCAAAUCACAAACAUCAAAUCACAAACAUUAAAUCACAAACUUCAAAUCACAAACAUCCAAUCACAAACAUCAAAUCACAAACAUUAAAUCACAAACAUUAAAUCACAAACAUCCAAUCACAAACAUCCAAUCACAAACAUCCAAUCACAAACAUUAAAUCACAAACAUUCUUAUAAAGAGUUCUGCCAACAAAUUAGUUGAGACAUCUGCUCCUGUCUACCACAAACUGUUGUGCAGGCCACUUUCUGUACAUUGCAGCUGCAUUAUACCACACACUGAUUGCCAGCAUUUGACCUAGAGAAAACAUCUUGAAGGUACAAUCACAGAUAGCCACAUGCUGCUGGAUAUAGAGGGAAUUUCUAAAUUCUAGUUGAUAUAGAUUCUCUGGUAAAAUAGCAUUUUUAGUGCCAGGCCAUUGAUAUCACUGCAUUUGUUUUAGGCUAUUUAUAUCAGUGCCUUCAUUUCAGAUGAUAUGAAGGCAUUAGUGAUGGAUAAUGAAAUGAUAGUAGCAGUGUCAGAUUACUGUAUCAGUGCAUCAGUGACAGGCUAUUUAUAUCAGUAAUAAAAUCACAUUAUUAUUUGAUCAUGGUGUUCAUGUAGUAGUCUCCGAUCAUUAUUACCAGUGCACGGCCAUUAACAUAGAAACAUAGAAUGUGACGGCAGAUAAGAACCAUUCGGCCCAUCUAGUCUGCCCAAUUUUCUAAAUACUUUCAUUAGUCCCUGGCCUUAUCUUAUAGUUAGGAUAGCCUUAUGCCUAUCCCACGCAUGCUUAAACUCCUUUACUGUGUUAACCUCUACCACUUCAGCUGGAAGGCUAUUCCAUGCAUCCACUACCCUCUCAGUAAAGUAAUACUUCCUGAUAUUAUUUUUAAACCUUUGUCCCUCUAAUUUAAGACUAUGUCUUCUUGUUGUGGUAGUUUUUAUUCUUAUAAAUAUGGUCUCCUCCUUUACUGUGUUGAUUGCCUUUAUGUAUUUAAAUGUUUCUAUCAUAUCCCCCCUGUAUCAGGUCAUUAGACAAGACGGAAAAAAAGGAAAACUGUGAAACUUAACUUUUAUUUAAUAAGUAAAAUUAUAUUGGAAAGUUUACUUAAUAUUAAAAUGUUCUCCUAGUUUUAUCAAGCUGUAAAGUCAUGCAGACAGAACAAAAGUGUUGAUUAGAUGUAAAUAAAGUACUAAGUACCGGUAUUUACAACCAUAAUCCCUUUCUAAAGUGUCAUUUGAGUUACAAAAGAGUUUGACAUAUGAUUGAGACUGAGAUCGUUCUGCUUGAGUAGUCACUAAGGGUCUCAGUCUAAUCAAUAUUAAAAUUGUAGAUCCAUUGGCAAUGGAUGUCUUGAAACAUAAAUAUUAAAACAAAUAGCAGAAAAAAAGAGAUAGAAAAUGACAUGAGCUGGCCUCUUGAGUAUACCGGCAAUGGUGGUGAAAUCACAAUAUUUAUAAAAUAUGAAAACAUUACACCUAUUAGGUCAGAAUACUACCGUGUUUCCCCAAAAAUGAGACCGGGUCUUAUAUAAAUUUUUCUCCUGAAAAAACACACUAGGGCUUUUUUCUGGGGAUGUCUUAUUUCAGGGGAAAAUGAUAGCAAGCAUGUGCUAUAAAGCAGGUCUACGUUAGGUUGAUUCCCCCAAACAUAGACCAAUUCACUAGCGCAUGGAAUCCCACAAAUCUAUGUUCAGGGAAACUUCCCCAAACUUAGAUUAGCGAACGAGAGCAUGGAAUCCUGUGAAUUUCCCUGAACAUUGAUUAGCAACCUCGCAAUAAGCAAUUAGGGCUUUAUUUCAGGGGAUGUCUUAUUUUCAGGGGAAAACAGUAUAAUAAUUGCUUGUCUUGUGCAAUAAGAUAUAGGGAAAGUGUAAAUAUCACUGUUAGUAAGUUAUACCUCUAACAUAAGUGUUGCCAGUAACCUUAAAGAAGAAAGAAAACCCAUAUGAGGAGGAAAAUAAAAGUAUCCAAAAUAUAUUAUUGUAAUGCUCUUAAAUGGUCAAUAGGGAUCACUGGCAAUAUAGAGGUGGAAGAUGUUAUUUAUUACAGCAGUGCCCUAACCUGGUCACUAGAUGGCUCCAUCUCAUCCAAAUUGCAUCAGUGCUAAAGAGACAAAAACUCCAGAAAUUUCGUUUUAGUAACCACAGUUCUCCUUUUUUCUGUUUUGUUUGUCUAAUGAUAUUUAAAGGCAUGAAAUCCCUGAGUUGUGUACAGCUGCCAUUUACUUAAAGGGACACUAUAGUCACCAGAACAACCACAGCUUAUUGAAUUUGUUCUGGUGAGUAGAAUCAUUACCUUCAGGCUUUUUGCUGUAAGCACGGUCUUUUCAGAGAAAAUGCAGUGUUUACAUUACAGCCUAGUGAUAACUUCACUGGCCACUCCUCAGAUGGCUGUUAGCGAUCCUUCCUGGGUCAUGGCUGCCUAAAAUGUAUCCAAACAUUCAGUAUAUCCUCCCUCUACAUGCAGACACUGAACUUUCCUCAUAGAGAUUCAUUGAUUCAAUUCAUCUCUAUGAGGAGAUGCUGAUUGGCCAGGGCUGUGUUUGAAUCAUGCUGGCUCUGCCCCUGAUCUGCCUCCUUGUCAGUCUCAGCCAAUCCUAUGGGGAAGCAUUGGAUCAGGCCACCACUUCUGGUGAUGUCAGCUGACUGCUUGUUUUUUCUGAGACAAACAUCAUGCAGAUCUACAGCUUCAGGCUUGAAUACAGUAAGAUUUUGCUAUAUUUAUGGAGGCAUGAGGGGUCCAGGGGGGCUAGAUGGUGGUUUUAACACUAUAAGGUCAAGAAUACAUGUUUGUGUUCCUGACCCUAUAGUGAUCAUUUAAGGAUUCCUUUUACAUUUGGUUAUUUCUAUUAGUACAUCAUUGUUAGAUAAUUGUGUUAAUCUAGUAGUGUCUGAUCUUUGUUAUGAGACCCAGACUGGCUGCAGUUUACUAUUAUCAUACCACUAGUGCAAGAUCACAAAUAUCAGUGUAUUGACAGAUCUUUGUUGUCAGAUUGCAAUAGACUCGAUCAUAGAAUAAAGAACUUCUAGGGUUAUUUGUUUUAAAUGAGAAGUCAAAGUAAAUUCAAGGUUAAACUCACAUGCAAGGUCUGAGUAGCUGAACUGAAAGAAUAGCUUUGGCUAUUUUGACCAUAAAUUUGAAAUUUACUUUGAAUUCUCACUUAAAGGACCACUAUAGUGCCCUGAGGGUGCCCCCACCCUCAGGGUCCCCCUCCCGCCCGGCUCUGGAAGGGGGAAAGGGGUUAAAACUUACCUUUUUCCAGCGCUGGGCGGAGAGCUCUCCUCCUCCGAUCCUCCUCUUCUCCUCCCCCGUGUCGUAUUCAGCCGGUCACAUAGGAAAGCAUUCAUAAUGCUUUCCUAUGGACGCUGGCGUGCUCUCACUGUGAAAAUCACGGUGAGAAACGCAAGCGCCUCUAGUGGCUGUCAAUGAGACAGCCACUAGAGGAAAUAGGGGAAGGCUUAACCCAUUCAUAAACAUAGCAGUUUCUCUGAAACUGCUAUGUUUAUGAAAAAAUGGGUUAACCCUAGCUGGACCUGGCACCCAGACCACUUCAUUAAGCUGAAGUGGUCUGGGUGCCUAGAGUGGUCCUUUAAGUGAAAACCAUGAUAAUCUCCCUGAGACCACAAGAAAAGAAAUGGAAAGGCAAGGAUAGCAAACAUAGACCUUAAUUUGAUGGGGGGUUUUUGGAUAUUUUAAAGGAACACUAUAGCGUUAGGAAUACAAAUUUGUAUUCCUAACGCUAAAGUGCCUUAUCCACUGUUUUGUUGACCGAGCUCCCCUGCCAGGGUUAAAAAGGUGAAUUUACUUACCUUUUCUCCCUCACAGCCCUGUCUCUGGUGUACCGCUCUGCCUCAUUGGCUGAGAUCAUUGAGGAAGCAUUGGGAGGCUAGUGUGCAUGCGCAGUAAAAUGCUGCCUUGCGCCAUUCAGAUGGUCUCUUUUACUCCACAGUAUCAGUGGAAGCGCCUCUAGUUGUUAUCAGUAUGAUUGCCACUAUAGCCAAGUAAACCCAACAAUGAAAACACUGUUUUCAGCUGCAGGGUUAAAACAGGGGAAGUGGGGAAGACAUGGCACCCAGACCGCUUCAAUUGUGUUCCUUGAAUGCAGAUAGUGCACAGUCAGUCUGCCUCCACCAAUGAAAUAUACUAUCACUGACUAGAACAGACCAUAAACCGCAAAUGGCUCUCAGCUUGAAAUUUCAGCUACAAAUUUACAUACAUCUUCUGUCUCUGCUGUCUGGGAGUGUGUUCCUCUGUAUCCUUUCCCUAGAUACUCUCUGUACAUCUCCAUUCCAACACAUUCUCAUUUUAUCAGUCUUAAUUAACUUUAUGACUACUUGUAUAGAUUCGUGGCCUGUGUAAACGCCAUGACCUGUGUUGUUCACUUGGUAACAUAGAAGAAUGGUGUACUCUCCUGUUUGUGUGCAAUGUGUGUUCCCUUUAUGUGGUCAUUGUGAUUUGUUCUCUCAGCCUGUCACUCACAUGUUGUCUUCUGAACUGGGCACUGUAUAUAUAAAAGUGUCUUAUUGCUGUUAACCUGUGUUCUCUCUCUCUCUUUUUCUGUGUGUCCCCUGGCUCUCUCUGUCCUGUUCCCCUAUGCUCUCUUUUUCUAUGUCCUGCACUUCCCUCCUAUCGUGUCUUCUCUUCCUUCUGUUUGUUGUCUUGCUGUAGCCACGAAGGAAAGCCCGGGCCCGAGGGAUUAAUCUCAGUGUAUGUAAUGCCUAAAAUGUGUCUUUUCACUCUUUCUAUCUCUGCGUUUUUUCCUACUCUCUCUUUCUCAAACUCUCUCCAUUUCUGACUUUUUUUUUACCAGCCCUUCCACUCUUUGUUUUCCUUUCUCUCUCUCUCUCUCUCUCUCUCUCUCUCUCUGUCCGUUUGAUGAUCUCUCUCUUUCGUUCUGUUAAUGAUAUUGUAAAUGUUUUCCUGCAUGUAUACAGCUACAGUCAGCAUACAGGCUAUUAUAUAUAUGUAUACUAAUACACAACUCUUCGGACAUAUAAUAACAUAUAUUAUUACUUGUAUAAAUAUAUGUACACACAUGUGUUACUGCCGCUAUCCGACACUGGAAAGUUCAUACAACAUGUAACAUGGCCGCAGUAAAGAUAUUAGAAAUAGGACCAGUGGUCCCCUAUUUCUGUCUGCAGGCUCAAAAAAAUUGAGUGCUGUUGCUUUACAACUUGAAUGUCUGCUGCUUUACAAGGUUUUUGUAGAUAGGUGCUACAAAAUGUUUCCGCAAGACAGUUUUGUUUUGUUCAUCAGUUUGUUUGAACCAGAAAUGGUCCACAAAGCUUGGGCUGGAUGACAAUCAUUAUGCACAUGUAAUUUCUCUGGAACUAAAAGUUGUAAUAACCUGACUUACCUAACCACUUCAUUACCAAGUUACCAAGUAACAUAUAACUGACAAUCGUUAACAACUGGGAUGAAUAGUUAGCACAUAAACAAGACAUUUUUUGUGUGUAGUUUAGUGUUCAUAGACAUUUUUAAAAAUAAGUUAUGUCAAAUAACUCAAAUGUAAUUUGUUUUUAAUUUAAUUUGUUUAAUUUAUAAAGAGCUAGAAGAAGUUUAAGACCAUUUAAAAGUUAUUCCUUAUAUUACAAUAUAUUAGUACUAACAAUAACAAAGUAUUUAACCAGGAAAGGUACAUUCAGAUUACUCUGGUUUUCAAGUACGUCCUGGUCACUUUUGCCCAAAAGCCAGGUGAUGUUACUAGGGUUGAACAGAUUCUACUGAUAAUGCGUUAGCCCACUAAGCUAUCUCAGCGUCAUUUUUAUGGGUCGCAGAAGCUGACAUACCAUUUUUGGCACACAUUAGUUGUAAUAAUAACAGAUAAUAAAAACAUUUGGACUUUGUAAGCAAUCUAUUGGUGCUUCUGGGGCUGCAGCUUCCAAAUAAAUGCUACACAGACGUUAUAAUAAUGUCUCUAUCAGGGUAAAAUUCCUAUAUUCAGUAUUACUGUUAGACUGGCUAAAUACAGGUACCUGUGCUAUAAAGCCCAUUGCAGUUGCUCCCAUCGCCCUUCCUGCUUACUCCCCCUCCUGUGCAGCUUUCUAGCAACAAGAUUUUGUCUUCAAAGGACAACUACAGGCACCCAGACCACUACAGCUCAAUGAAGUGGUCGGGGUUCCAGGUCCCUCUAGUUUUAACCCUGGAGCUGUAAACAUAGCAGUUUCAGAGAAACUGUUUACAUUAGGGUUAAUCCAGCCUCUAGUGGCUGUCUCAUUGACAGCCACUAGAGGCUCUUCUCACUGUGAAAAUCACAGUGAGAAGAUGCUGACGUCCAUAGGAAAGUAUUGAGAAAGGGAGCUAGGGAGUAACGUGGUAAAAUUAUUUUUGCAUUGGUUUGCUAUUCAAAAUGGAAUUUGAACAAAAAAAAAAAUGAUAGUAAGAGCCUGUUCAGGGGGGACACCAAUUUAUCUCUUUACUGAACCACACUCUUGUAGAAACUUGCACGUAAGAUAUUUUCCAUUGGCUGAAAGAGUACAUACUUUUAGGCGAUAGUAAACCCACAUAUAAUGUAUUCCAGAUAGCUCUUUCUCAGAGCGCACUAACUGCUAACAUAUCUCCCUGAUACCAUGUAGUAUUCCCACCCGUGGCUGAGAUCCAAGACGAUGUAUAGUUCCAUGCGGCUGAUCUGAGUUGGCAGCCUGCAUCCGAGCAUAUACCCUGCAUAUACCAGGCGACCGAGUGGUAGGAUUUACGGGGCUUGGUUUGAUAGUGUCUGCUAAGAGAAGCUAGUAAAUGUUGCACAAAAUGAUUUAAUAUAACACAUGGGUUAAACAGGCUAUGUAUGCACAGCACGUUGGUUAAUUUACCAGUGCAUGCACAACAUGUUGAUUUAGGGUACACACCAAGCACCAUAAUCACUAAGGCAUGCUGUAGUGAUUUUAGUCACAGCAGUGUCCUGGCGUCCCCCUAUUGAGAAGUCAAACCAUUAUAGAUGGUUUCUGGCUCUUGUUCAGCAGUAGCAUGACUGGAAGAGGCUCCCAUUCUAAAACGGUCUGACUAUUUAGAAUGAUAGGGGUUGCCAGGGCAAUUCUGAUACCAUAACCACUACAGUGUGUUGUAGUGUUUAUGAUGUUUUUAGUGUUAAUUUAUUAAGCACAUAAUUCAAUGACAUGCUGAACGAACUACACAUCGUUUAUAGAAAAUGCAUUCCAGUGGAUUUAUGAUCAGUGUAAAACAUACUCUGCAUUAUUAGACAGUAUCUUGUUUUAAUCUUCAUUCUGUAGAUGCUCAAGAUUAUUGCAGGAUAUUGAAAUAUACAUUUUCCAUUACACAGAAUGCUACAUGAGGGUCUGUUUGUGGUUAUAAUGCAAAAGCAAGGAAUGGAAAAGGCUGAUUUUCACUCAUGUAGAAGAAUCAAUAGUUUGCAUUAAACCUUUCUUUAAUUUUUUUUUUAUUUCUCUUCCCAUUUUCAAAGGUUAAUUUAAAUUUAAUAUGUGUCAGGCCUGUUUUCUUUGUUUUAGUUUACAUCCGCAUUGUCUUUGCCCUUCUAUAGACCAUUACUGAUGGAAGCCCAAUGAAGCGAUCUGCCUCCAUGCUUGGUCAAUCCCGGUCCAGAGGCAAUAGACUAGAUGAUUAUUCCUUGGAAAGAGUGACCCCUGAGGAAGGAUCCCGCCACAACCAUCAACGUAGACGCGAGCGGGGACACCGUGUGUCAGAGAAAUCCCUUAACAGAUACGGAGAUCUAGAAUCAGGUCAGGCUACUCUCAUCUGAUGGUAAACGUCAUAAUGUUCAUAAAUCAAAAUAGAAUUUUCCUGAAUAAAUAAUAAUAACAUUGCUUCUUGUGCUACUUCUUUGGUGUAUCCUGACGUUGUUCCAUGGUGCAUCCUGAACUAGUUUCGUGGUGUAUCCUGGCUAGUUACAAGAUUAAUCCUGUGCUAGUUCCAAGGUGUAUGCUGUGAUAGGUCCACGGUGCAUCCUGCAAUAGUUACAAUGUGUAUCCUGCAGCAGUUUUCAGCAUAGUUAUCAUGUGCUAUCUUCAUGGUAUUUCCUAGUUAUUUUCAUGGGAUAUUCUGUGCUACAUCCAUUGUGUGUCCUGUGCUAGUCCCAUGGUGAUUCCUGCAAAAAAUGGUGUAGUCUGCAAUAGUUACAUAGUCUGUACCCUGUGCUAAUUCCAUGGUUUAUCCUGUGCAAAUUCCAUGGUUUAUCCUGCAAUAGAUCCAUGGUGUAUCCUGCAAUAAUUCCAUGGUGUAUCCUGCUCUAGUUUCUGAGUCUAUCAUGCAUUAGUUCCACAAUGUAGCAUGCUAUGGUUCAACGCUGUAUCCUGCAAUAGUUCUGUUGUUUACCCCAAGCUAGUUCCAUACUGUAUUCUUUUAUAGUUCCAUGGUAUAUCCUGUGCUAGAUUCAUGGUGUAUUUUACAUUAGAUCCAUGGUGUAUCAUGUGGUAGUUCCAUUGGUUAUUCUGUGCUAGAUCCAUAGUGUAUCUUGUGCUAGUUCCUUGGUGUGUCCUUGCCUAGUUCCAUAGUGUAUCAUGUGCUAUAGAUCCAUUGUGUAUCCUGUACUAAAUCCAUGGUGUAUCCUAUGUUAGUUCCUUGGUGUAUCCUGUGCUAGAUCCAUUGUGUAUCCUGUGCUAGAUCCAUGGUGUAUCUUGUGCUAGAUCCAUGGUGUAUCUUGUGCUAGAUCCAUGGUGUAUCCUGUGCUAGAUCCAUGGUGUAUCUUGUGCUAGAUCCAUGGUGUAUCUUAUGCUAGAUCCACGGUGUAUCUUGUGCUAGAUCCAUGGUGUAUCCAGGGCUAGUUCCAUGGUAUAUCCUGCAAUAAUUCCAUGGUGUAUCCUGCAAUAAUUCCAUGGUGUAUCCUGCUCUAGUUUCUGGGUCUAUCAUGCAUUAGUUCCAUGGUGUAACAUGCUACAGUUUAAUGCUGUAUCCUGCAAUAGUUCCGUGGUAUACACCGAGCUAGUUACAUAGUGUAUCAUGGCUGGUUCAAUGGUACGUCCUGUGCUAGUUCCAUGGUAUGUCCUGGGUAGUUCCAUGGUAUGUCCCGUGCUAGUUCCAUGAUCUGUCCUGGCUAGUUCCAUGGUAUAUCCUGGCUAGUUCCAUGGUAUAUCUUGGCUAGUUCCAUUGUAUGUCCCGUGCUAGUUCCAUGAUCUGUCCUGGCUAGUUCCAUGGUAUAUCUUGGCUAGUUCCAUGGUAUGUCCUGUGCUAGUUCCAUUGUAUGUUCUGUGCUAGUUCCAUUGUAUGUUCUGUGCUAGUUCCAUUGUAUGUCCUGGCCAGAUCCAUGGUAUGUCCUGUGCUUGUUCCAUGAUAUUUCCUGGCUAGGUGCCAUUAGAGCACCAAAACGCACGUCCGGACUUUAUUUUUAUUUACUUUUUCACUUAGCUCUUUACUCACUAUGCACUAAGCUUCAUCAUCACUUUUGUUUUUAUUGUGAGGAUGCUCCAAGGGGUUAAGUUAGGGUUUAGCUAUGUAUACUAGGAUAUAGGAGACUCCAUUGCAGCCAUUUAUACAGGGACUUAUACAGGGCUGGCCCUUCCUAUAAGGCGAACUAGGCAGUCGCCUAGGGUGCCAUAUAGGAGGGGGCACCCUGCACCCCCAUCGCCGACCCUAAUGCUGCAGCCGCCUGAGAUUCUCAGGCGGCUGCAGCACUGCCUCUCUCCUCACCUUCCCUGUAGCAUGGGUGGUCGAGCUCCUCUCUGAUCCGCGGUACAGGAACAUCCAUUUCCUGUACCCGGCCAGACUGAUAGGAAGUGCACACUCAGUGCAGGGGGGGAGUAAAGAGAACACAGGGGGGGGUGAGUAAAGAGACCACAGGGAGGGUAAAUAGAACACAGGAGGAGGGGCUGAGUAAGGAGAACACAGGAAGGGGGUGAGUAAAAGAGAACACAGGGAGGGAGGGGUUGAGUAAAAGUACCACAGGGAGUGGGGGUGAGUAAAGAGACUACAGGGAGGGAGAGUAAAAGAACACAGGGAGGGUGAGCUAGAGAGAACACAGGGAGAAGGGGGAGUAAGGGAACACAGGGAGAGGGGUAAGAAGGAGAACACAGGGAGGGGGGAGUAAGGAGACACAUGGAAAGGGAGAGAGGAGGGAGCACAGGGAGAGGGGAGUAAGGAGAACACAUGGAGAAGGGGGAGUAAGGAGAACACAGGGAGAGGGGAGUGGGGAGAACACAUGGAGAGGGGAGUAAGGAGAACACAGGGAGGAGGGUGAGCUAGGAGAACACAGGAGAAGGGGAAGAGAACAGGAGAGGGGGAGUAAGGAGAACACAUGGUGGGGGGGUAAGGAGAACACAUGGAAGGGGCAGUAAAGGAACACACAGGGAGAGGGGGAGUAAGGAGAACACAUGGAAGGGAAGUAAGGGAGAACACAGGAGAGAGGGAGUAAGGAGAACACAUGGAGAGGGGAAGUAAGGAGAACACAGGGAGAGGGGAGUAAGGAGAACACACAGGGAGAGGGAGUAAAGGAGAACACAGGGAGAGGGAGUAAAGAGAACACAUGGAGAGGGGGCAGUAAAGAGAACACAGGGAGAGGGGAGUAAGGAGAACACGUGGAGAGGGGGGAGUAAAGAGAACAUAGGGAUAGGGGGGGAGUAAGGAGAACACAGGGAGAGGGGAGAGUAAGGAGAACACAGGGAGAGGGGAGGGGAGGAGAACACAUGGGGGGGUGUGAGAAGAGACCGCUAAGGGGCAGGGGAGAGCUCUAAGGAACGGAAGCUCUAUAGGACAGGGGGUGGGACAGGGAGCUCUUUCACACUACGCGCGCACACACACACAAUGCAUCCCUAUACAUACUCAGAAACACAAUGCAUACCUACACACACAUGCAAACACACACUGCUUCUCUUACAUACACACAGAAACACAAUUCAUCUCUUACACUCAAUGCACCCCUUACAGACACACACGCUGCAUCCCUUACAUACACAGAAACACACCUUGCAUUUCUUAUGCAUACAAACACAGAUUCACACAAUGCAUCCCUUACAUACAACCAGAAACACACAAUACAUCCCUUAAACAAACACACACUGCUUUCUAUCCUUUACACAAAAACACACUGCUUCCACUACACACAAACACACUGCAUCAUCUACAGAAACUGGUAUCCCUAUACACUACAUUCCAUAAACACACACAUUAGAUCCUCUACAACACACAUAACACAUCUCCUACACACUCCACUCCCUGUGAGCGAAUUCAUGGGUGGAACAUGUAGGUAGACUUAUGGGUGGGCCUCAUGGGCAUACUCACCGUCAGGCCCUGGGGCCCAGACCUUAAGCUGUGUAAGGGGCCCCAAAAAAUGGAGCUGCUUCCUGUUCUCCCAGAACAUUGAAUUUUGUGACCACAGUUACAAACAGCCUCCAGAGAUCCUGUUCUACACUAGACCAGUGGAGCCAAACUGCAGCCAGAGCCCAUCACCAUCCUCAUCUGGUUGUAAGUAGGCAAUCUAGUAUAUUAUUAAUGGCACUAAGCUCUUAUUUACCUCACAUUAAAGGGACACUAUAGUCCCCAGAACCGAUGCAGCUUAAUGAAGUGGUUCUGGUGUGGUUCUGGUGUCUUUAGCCUGUACCUGCAAGCUUUUUAAUGUAAACACAUUUUUUUGAAGCACUGGCGUUAGUUCAUAUGGCGGAUCAUAUGGGUGGGGCAUUGUGAUGUCACAUGUGGGGAGUGGGGGAGGCAAAAAAAAUUUUUUGGCGUAGGGUGGCAAAAAUCCUUGCACCGGCCCUGGACUUAUACCAUUAGCACCCAUGAAGGUGCUAUAGGAUAUCAGUAUCAGGCACUAAUAGAACCUGUGUAGGUGCAGGAGUUUAUACUUAUUUCUGUUUUUUGGGAUUUUGGCGAUUAUAUUUAAUAGUCCAGACUAUAGAUUUUUUGCAGGAUACGGAGCAGCAUAUAUGUAUAGAAAUAGGCACUUUUAAGCCUCCAGACAAUUGCUACCUUUGAUUACCAUCAUACUUACCUAAGCUGUGUCUAAAGUUACUUACCUUCUCCCUCCUUCUAUCUCUCCAAAUCUUCCAAUAUCAUCUCGCUUUGUAUACUUAUCUUACUAACAGUACCUUACUUUUUUACUCCAAUAACCCCCUGUACUACCAUUACAGCCAAUUGACAAUUUAGGUGAUCUCUCCCUAUUAUAAGAGUGUUUGUUUUUUGUUUGUUUGUUUUUUUCAAUUAAACUCCCCUCUCCUUUUUCAACGAUUGUUCCAGAUUAUUUGGACAUUGUAAUUAUGAAAUGAUUCUGCAGGGAUGUUUAUUAUACUAAUAGGGAAUAUAUAGUAACAAUAUAUUACCUGUUGGCUUGAUUUUUAGGAUCACUAUAUCUAAUUAUCAUAUAGAUACAACUGUUAGUUUUAUGUUUAUUUUCGGCAUUGGAUAAAUAAAGCCUGUUAUAUAGACUGUUAAAUGGUUAUCUUUUGUUAUAUUGCAGCAAUCUUCUCACACAUUGUUUACUGCUGAAGACAUUUCAUUCAAUCAAUUACUUAGUGUUAUGAAAUACCAAACCAGGGAUUCUCACAUGAGGUUUCCCUGAUUUAUAUAGUUCCUUGGUGUAUCCUUUGCGAGUUCCAUGGUGUAUCCUGGCUAGUGCCAUGGCACAUUUUGUUAUAGUCCCAUGGUGUAUCCUACAAUAGUUUAAUGGGGUGUCCUGUGCUAGAUACAUGGUGUAUCCUAUGGUAGUUCUAUGAGUUAUUCUGUGCUAGAUUCAUAGUGUAUACUUGUCAACUUCCAUGGUGUAUCCUGUGCUUGUUCCUUGGGUAUAUCCUGUGCUACAUCCAUGGGGUAUCCUGUGCUAGCUCCAUGGUGUAUCUUAACCAUUUCACCUUAAUCACUUCUUUAAUUUCAGGUCUUGGUACAGAGCUUAGUACCACAACACAGUCAUGUGACCUACCUUCUGAGGAGCGUGGACGUACCCGAGAUCGAAAGCACCACCAUCAUCAUCACCACCACCAUCAUCACCACCACCACCAUGCUGGGUCAGAUCGGGAGCGACUGGAGUAUGGAAGGUCAAAUUCCCGCUCACCUAGUGCGGGCAGAGACUAUGCCCCACACAGACAGGUGGGUCACACCUCCUCAAAUGUGGGUAAUGAAUGUGUUAUUGACAUGAUUUAGUGGGGAAACACUAAGGAGCAAUGUUUACUGUACAAUUUGUUUAUGAGCAAUCCAGGACUGAAACAUUAAAAAAAAAAAAAGGUUUCCCAGUGUUUAUACAUUUCUCUUGUUCCUAUGGAAACAAUAGCUUGUGGUUGUAUUUUACUGUAAUGUUUCAGUGCUGUAUUGCUCACAAAAAAAGUGCUUAGAGGCAACACUGCUUAAGAGUCCUGUAGUGAUGAGCUAUUAUAGUCUAGUAUUGUCCAUCUGACAGUCCUGUAGAUCUUGGUAGUUGAACCGGUUUUUGAGCAGUGAUGGCGAAUGGUUUUAGCCCUAGUGCCCAAUUUUCUACAGUGUAUUAUUUAAAUCUGAAAGUACCCAGAGCAAUUCUUCAUUCCCUUUUUCCUCAUUACAGUCCAUUCUUCCCUUUCAUUUUCAGUGUUCAACUCUCCUCAUUGAAGUUCCCCAUUUAUGCGUUUACUUCCUGAACGCAUAUCUACCUCUUUGUCUGUCUUCUCAAUAUAUAUUCCCUGCUCUAUUUAUCUCCUUUUCUCUAUUUGAGCUCCUGCCUUCCAUUUUACCUUUUCCCCAUUUACCUCAGUUCAAUUUCCCCCCUCACUGAUUUCCAUACCAGUAACGCUUACAAACCCUUUUCACUCUUACUCAAAGUUUUUACUCGUUCGAUCUCAAUAUUCACUAUAUUCAAUAUAACUGUCCUACUGCCAUUCUUCUUUGUUAUUCAUCCGUUUGCCCACAAUAUCACUUCCCUUAAAAGAUCUGUUCCCUCUGCUCCAUGUUUUACAUAUUAGGAAAGUGUGUCCGCAUCCCACCUUUUAUUUCCACCUUUAUGUUUUCCCCAUGUAGAAUAGACGUUCCUACAUUUUCCUAUUCCCCUUCCGAAGUUGUGCUCUCCCUACUGCAGCCUCUUUCUGCUUCACUUAAUGCUUAAUUAUAGAUAUCAUCAUUAUCUGAGAUGGGUUACUAUGGUGCACCCUGGGCCUCCAGGAUUGUAGGCCUCCCUGUGGGGGCAGACACUGAACGCUGGUGUUGGUACCCGUGUCAUAGGUUCGCCAUCACUGUUUUAGAUUGUGGGAAAGGUUAUCAGCAGCAUUUUCUUUGUUAAGGUAGGAGCUCAUUACCCAAAGUUGGGUGUAUACAUACGGUAUAUAUAAAUAUAUAUAAACAUACUGAAAUUAUAAUCUGACAUUGGGAAUUGGGUUAUAAGAACCUUUAUAAAAUGUUGCCCUCUGUCAUCUCCCCAUUUCCCCCUUUCUUAUUUUCUUGACUUUAUUUUCGGUUGUGGGGGGUGCCAGUGAUGCCCCUCAUUCCAUCCUCCCUCCCUACUCUAGUGUUUUUCCUUUCACUACCUGCUGCCCACCAUUCCCCCCCUCCCCGCUGGGGUAUCAGCUUCCCAUAAUGCCAUGUUUCUCCUGCUGCUCAUAACUCUAAAGGAGAUUGCAAUUGUCCCUGUAGUUUAAAGGGAAUGGGGUGGGAUGAAGAAAAGUGGGGUAGCCUGGAUGGGGGCUUUGUUUUUGUUGCCUCCUCCCAUUUUGGUUGGAUCUUCUGUCUCUACCCCCUGCUUGUUUUGCUCAAUCUGCUUGUUCCUGCACAAAAACUUACAGAAAAUCCAUCUCUCUUCCACUUUUUCCGUUAUUUUUUUUAUUUCUUUGUCGCUGUGGCAUCCUCACCCCCCUUUCCUUUUAACCCUCCCUGAACCCUUUCUGUGUGUGAGGGCACCCUCCCUCUUUCCUUUCUCGCUUCUUUCUAAUUCACAUUCUGUUAUCUGCUUGUCUGGGUUAUUCCUUUCCUACACACUCAUCUUCCUCUACUCUUGUGAAUGUUUUUCUUUUCUCAAAUCUCUUGUUGGUCUGCCCCUUUGUUUUGUCUUUGAUUUUGUGGCUUCUCUUCUGCCUUCCUUGUCUUCUCUUUCUUCAUUUUCAUCUGGCAUUACUGUCUUAAUUUUCCUUGACUUUUGUCCAAUCUUCCAUUUUCACAUCUGUUUUACCUCCGUUAUUUCAUAACUUUCCUUCUCGUGUUUAUUAUCCAACAUCAAACCUACAUUUUCUCUUUUCCAUCAUUUCUCUCUCUUCCCUCUUGUGUCUUGUAUAUCCUACCCCUUGCGUGUCUCCUCUUCGUGUUUUCUCUCGCUCUUGAAUUCCCAUUUUGUUUGGAUUUUUGUGUAGGGCAGUAGUUCAGUGGAUGGCAGCCCCGUGCCCUCAACCUCUGGGGCCAGCACACCCCGCAGAGGAAGGCGACAGCUGCCCCAGCUGCCCCCAACCCCCAGGCCACGCGUUACCUACUCUCCAGUGGUCCGCCGGCCUGCCAGCGUCUGUCCCCCCCAGCAGCAACAUCAGAGCCCUUGCAGAAUUGCCCCACUCUCAAGGAGAUAUCCUCAGUGUGAGAGCCACCCAGGAGGCAAUGAGAGACGGGCUACUCACAAUGACUCUCCCCGAUCCCACCGCCACACCAGAGGACAUUGUUCUGAUGCGCCCCGCGCUGGAUGCAGGCACAGCGGCCCUUACAGAGAUUCCUCCUAUGAAGGCCCCCAUCCCUGUGACCAGCGCUCCUCCAGGACUGCCGACUCCGGGGGGGGACCCCCUCUUUCGCCACAUGGGCGCAGGCUGCCCAACGGCUACUCCCAUGGGACCCCGCGACCCACAAAAUCUCGUCACGAACGUUACAGUGAGAGUGAGGAGGACGACUGGUGCUAAAAAUACAAAUAUAUAUAUAAAUAUAUCUAAAUAAAGGAAUAUAUAUAUAUAUAUUUACAUAAAAUAAAAAAUCUAAAAAAAAAAAAACUUCAAUCUAGCAGGGAAAUCAAAGACAUGUGCAAACUGGAUGAAAACAGGGGAGGAGAAAUACAUGCAACCCCAAAAAAUGAAAAAUUUCCACCAAAAAAAGAGAACCCUCCUUUCGUUCCUUCCACAUUUUGGGAUUAGGAAGGACAUCGUCACAGCAUGCUUUUUAUAAUACAGUAUAUUUUGGGAGGGCUUUUGAAAGAGAGCAGAUAUCACUCAGGAGGAUACAGCUACAAGUUUACCACCUCCCCCCUCUUCUCUGGGCAUCUCCUUGAUAUCUCAAUUCUGAACCAUUUUCUUUUUGGUCGAAUUUUCCCACCUAGAAGAAGAAGAAAAAAAAAAUUAAAAACGCAAAAAUGGCGUGAGAAUUUUAAAAAGCUGCAGAGAACUUUUGGAAAAAAAAUAUGUACAAAAAUGGUAUUAUUAUUUUAGUUUAUUUAUUUAUUUAUCUUUUUUCAAUUUGUAUUGAUGAGUUUUAUCAUCCAAAGGAUUGGAUAUAACGUGUGCUGGUUAAUGUUAUGGAGAGAGCACGCAGAUGCACACGCACACACGGGUGUUUAACACUCAUACUUGUUCAUAUUGCCUGCGGAAAUGAGAAAAUUAACAAAAAAAAAAAAAACUACAAAAAAAAGACAAAAAAGUUGAGAAAAAAACAAACAAAAAGCAGCAUUUGAUUAAAACAUCUGAUUUUUUGUUUGACAGUCCCCAAAACCGAGACAUUAAAAAAAAAAAAAAAAAAAAGAAAAGAAAAAAAAAUGAAUUGCGUUGCUUAUUUUAAAAAGCUUUUUUUCCGACUUUGAAAAAUGUUAGAUCCGGAGUGUGGCGGAUGCAUGAAUAUUAUAAAUGGCAAAAAUGUUAAAUAUAUAUAUAAAUAUAUUGAAUUUAAAAAAAGAGUGAGAGAGGAUGAAAAAACAGGAAUCUGUUCCCAAGUGGCGAGCUGACAAUUUGUUCUGUUAUUUUUUUUCUUUCCAGCAUGACAGGGAGUGGCUAAAGCAGGAGUCGAACCGUUGACUUUUUUUUAACCAGUGAGGUGUAUCUAUAGUUUGUUGUGUAGUGACGCAAUUAUCCUAAAUGUGCCCAUAGCUAGUAUUACCUUACCUCACCUUUAAAAGGACGUUAUCAUUUAAAAAAAUGUUAUGCAAUAACCCAGAGGUGUACAGCGUCAGUACUGCAGGGGGCGCUAGCAGCUCAGAUUCAUCAAGGUGUCCGUUUAGAAGCACAGAGACAUUUAGUGGGAUUUUUUUUUUGUUUUUUUUUUUGUUUUUGUUUUUAAAUCUGUGGUUUCAAUCUAUACCUCUAUGAAUGCAGAAAAAACAUACUAUGGAUCUGCAUCUCCCAUGAUUCUUCAACAGCUAGCAGAGGAUUGUGGGGGUUGUAGGUUUCUAUUAGAAGAGCUGCAAGUUGGUGCCUCUGUGUUUGCUGAAGCAGAUGCUUUUAAACCCUGAGCUAUUAGCAGCCCACUAGAGCAGCGAUGGUUUUCUGUUGGUACUCCAUGCUGCUCAGCCAACCAAUUAGCUGUACAGCAUCGGAACAAUAGCUCAUGGCAAUUAGGAGUGCCACUGGUCAGCCAUUGCUGCUGCAGGACUUGACCUGUGCAGCUCUGUGAAACCUUCUGUGCUGUGUACUGCUUUACAAAUGGACCUGCUUGCCUUAUUCAGCAUGAAUUUAUUAUCUGAAAGAGCAAUCUCCCUUAAAGCAAAAUAUUACUUUGGAUAACUCCAUCCCUCUCCCAUCUCUGCUUCACCCAGCUGGAGACAUAACCUGAUGAUUGGAUGUGUACCUUAAAUUAAAAGUAAACGUAUUUAUCAGAGCAGAAAUUGCUGCUAAAUAACCUCCACUAAACACGUACUAAUGGGUUAGUGGAUUUAACAUCAGUUCCAUUUUGUGCCCGUCACCAGGAACAUUUUCAAAAGUGAUCUAAGGUGCACAUUCCUAUUAUCUAAUCCAGUUGCUCGCUUAUUUGUCCUCCGUGACCGUCAGCUGUCCAGGUUUUAUCGACAGCCCAUGUAGAACAAGCUGGGUAAUCUGUAAAUACUGAACUGUUGGUGGUUUCUUUGGACUCAUGUGAGGCCUACUUUUAAAACUAUGGUGCACAGCCGAGCAUUCAUUGACGCAUAUAAGUUAAGUUCACAAAGUAUGUACCAAGCUAAGUACAAAACCGUUUACAAAUGAGAGGUGCCAUGCUAAAUGCGGUACACUUUACAAACGUCUUCAGAGGUACCAAGCUAAGUGGAGGAUCCUUUACAAACGUGUGAAGAAUUCCCACUGUUCAUGAAAAGUUGAGCACCCAUUUGUUUGAAGAUUAUUGGUAAUGCUUGUAAAGUGCGCUCAGAAACACACACCUCUGCGGCCAUCUUGCCAAUAUGCAAAAGAGGUGCUCAAAAACGUUAAAGAGAUGAGUGUAAUAAAACUGAUUUUUAAAUGCAAUUUGUUACAUGUAUGUAAUGUUUGAACGAUGCCUACUUGACCAGAAUUGUUAAUUUUCAGAGUGCUAUUAAAAAGGAUUGUUUUUAUUUUUUAUUUAAGUCUUAACUGUUGUUUGAUAAGAUUUGAUGUUAGAAAUGCUGGGAUGUUUGGGACUGUGGUGUCACACACCUAAGUCACAGUUACUUAGAAGGACUUGUGAAUGUGUGGACCAAACAGCACCUUGGUACCUGUAUGUGCUAUAUAGAAGUAGCAGGUGUUUAUAUGAACAUAUAGUGGGCGUGCCGACCAUUCGGAGCAUAUUACAGAUAUUUGUUUUUGGCAGACUGGACCUGCAGCUAAUGAUCCCUUAAUCAAGAACUUAUCAUCACUGCAAUUGUAAGGGACAGAGCUAGUCUAUUUGUGCCACAUACGCCAGAUCCUAUCUUAAUGUAACGUGGAAAGUAUUCUUAUAUUGUAAAGCAGACACCUCAAAAUAAUGUGCCUGCUACAAAGAAUAAAAUAUAUAAUUGAAGAGUAGAUUUUGUUUAAAGGGUUGCAGAGCCAGGUCAUUUUGGUUUAUGACCUCAUUUGGUACUUAAUGACAUCAUAGGAGCAGGAGGGUUAGAAACGCACCAAUAAAAGUAUAAGGUAAAUGAUGAUGUAGAAUAUUGUUUAGAGAACAAGGGAGGUGAGAUAUGAGUUGCCUUACCUCCUGCAAUAAACUAUGCAGUCUUAAAUAUCUUUCUAAUUCAAAGACGUAACAGCACAGCUGAUAAAGGAUUUCGCUCGGGUAUGUGUUAAUAUGCACAUGUUGAGGGAAAAUGCAACCUUUGGCACUGAUGCUGCUGUUGACUACACUUCCCAAGAUCCUUGACCAAACAUUUGAUCAUUAGAUUCUUGGCAGUUAUAGUCUACAAGCGUUGUUGUGCCAUAGACGUGUUUUGCAAAAAUAAAAAAAAAUUAUAAAAAAAAGUGUUUUGUCAAAAGAUGCCAAUGAAAAAUGUCUACUUCUGCAUGCAACAUUGGGAAUGUUAAAGGAUUGCUGUCCCUCCCCAUCAUGCCUUCUUUUGUAACAUGUCUACCAGGAAGUUCAUGGACAGUGCUGCAGAUGUGUAAUGUAACUGUACUAAUGAUGUCAUCAUCGUGCGACAUAUGCACACAGAGGAUUAAAUAAUAUAUACGUACAACAUGUCUGUAAUACAGGCGCAAUGUAACGUCCUUCAUUUUUGAGAUUUACUCACUAUGUGGCAUUUAUCCGUUUGCACUAUAAAUAAAGUGUUUCAUCACCGUGGAGGAGGGAUAACACAAUUCGUGUGUCAGGUUGCAGAAUAUUUCAGACAGAAGUGUAAUAACCUGCAUACGGGAUACAUGUGGAUGUCUUAUGAUGGAAUAAGUAAUAAAAGCAUUACAGUAAAAUGUGGUCAAACCUUUAUACAUAGAUGCGUGCAGCACAAAAUAAUACCUCUUUUUUGUCACUACUUGAUAUUUUAUAAAGACCUAUUUCAAAAACAAAGCAGUUCACAAUGAAGUUUAUUACCAUCCAUGUCUUGUGUUAUAAAAAUGAUUCAUUUGGUUUGGGGUUAUCAGACAAGAAACCCCUCGCUCUAAAACUGCGCCUCCAUAUGAUUGCACUGCAG